AUGCACGCGAUCCUCGCGCUCGCUGUCGGCGCCGCGGCCUUCGGCAGCAGCUCUAGCGCCACCUCCUCCGAGGACCUCGAGAGCAUCGAGGCGACGCUGGACCACGUCGAGGAGAUGGUCUACAACCACACCUACACGCCGUCCGCGCCCAUCGGCACCACGACGCUCGGGCACGGUGUCGAUCCGGACGACUACUCGACCUUGGACGACUACCAACUGCCCAUGCGCCGCCGCCUCGAAGACGGGGAGAGCCUCGGCGUGCUCGGCCUGGGCUCGGGCGACUUGAACUUGUUCGAGCGCGCGGGCUUCGUCGUGCCGUUCGACUGGGAGUGCCAGACCGGCACGAGCGGCGGCGUGUACCCGUGCCCGAACGGCAUCCCUUCGACGUGCCGCGCGAACACGGGCGGCGUGUCGUCGGCGUGCGCCAAGUGCUACUGCGAGGUCGGGAGCCACACGUGCUGCACGUACUACAGCGAGAGCAACACGUACUCGGAAGACGGCUACUGGUACGGGGGCUUCGAGUGCCCGUCGGCGCUCCUCAGCGGCGGCGAGCUCGUGACGGACUCGGCGGUCAACUACUGCGAGGUCGGCGACGCCGUCUCCGCGCUCUACGACGACGGCGAGUCCUACUCCGCGACGGUCACCGAGGUGACGGGCAGCGACAUCACGGUCACGUACUCGGACGACGACACGUCGACCUACGACCUCACGGAGUCCGGCAACGUGGUGCAGACCGCGAGCGGCGCGGACUGCGUCACGACCUGCGACUCGUCGACGCUCGACACGGAGGUCUGGGGCAACCAGUGGUGGAACGACCCCUACGUGUCGCAGUCGUACAUCAACUUCAAGGUGACGCGCUACGAGAUGGCGGACGCGUUCGGCGUCGAGUUCUACUCGACGGAGGGCGACACGCUCAAGGUCUUCUCGACGGGCGACGUGCACUUCAAGCCGGACAACGCGGAGCGCACGGUCUACAUCAACGAGCAGGUCGAGUACGAGUACGAGACCGACGUCGACCGCCGCCUCUCGACGGCCGAGGCCGUGCUCGGGGACAUCGACCUCACGCUGCCCAUCGACCACGCGCGGCUCGUCGAGGCGCGGUACCGCCACAGCAACACGCGCGGCGGCUCCCAGAAGCCCGCGGCCGCCUCGGAGGUCCCGAGCCCGAAGGGCGAGCCCGUCGCGCUGAAAGACGCGCCCACGCGCGCGGCCUCGUCCGCGUACCCGAAGGCGUCGCCGGCGACGACGAGCAGCUCCGCGACGGAGGGCGACACGCUCAAGGUCUUCUCGACGGGCGACGUGCACUUCAAGCCGGACAACGCGGAGCGCACGGUCUACAUCAACGAGCAGGUCGAGUACGAGUACGAGACCGACGUCGACCGCCGCCUCUCGACGGCCGAGGCCGUGCUCGGGGACAUCGACCUCACGCUGCCCAUCGACCACGCGCGGCUCGUCGAGGCGCGGUACCGCCACAGCGACACGCGCGGCGGCUCCCAGAAGCCCGCGGCCGCCUCGGAGGUCCCGAGCCCGAAGGGCGAGCCCGUCGCGCUGAAAGACGCGAGACUCAAGGAGGCCCGGCGUCUCGAGGUAGCCCGGCGUCUCUCCGGCCGCCGCGCCCCCCCCCUGAUCUCCUCCGCGGGGUCGUUCUCGUUGGGCGGCGGCAGCAACCGGUCGGGCAACAGCUGA